AUGGCGAACGACACUCAACUCAAUAGUCGCUGGGUGUCCCCGGUGGCCACCCUGAUACUCUCGUCUCCCCUUUUGUUUCUACUCUCACGAGGAGCCGGGCAGAAAUGGAAGAUUCUUCUGCCAUUCAACUUGCUAAUUUUGCUGAGCGGAGCUUGGCUCACUCUCGUUUCGGAGACUGUAACACAGCCGUACUUGGACGAAAUAUUUCAUAUUCCACAAGCUCAAAAAUACUGCGAAUGCAAAUUUCUCGAGUGGGAUGACAAAAUCACGACACCGCCUGGGCUGUAUCUCUUUUCCAUCUUGUUGCAGAAAGCCGCAGCAGCCACAGGCAUGCCAUGGUUGUUUAGCUGCGAUGCCAGCAGUUUACGCGCCACAAAUGUCCUUGGGUUGAUUGUUCUCGUUUCUCUGACUAUGCUAUGUCGGCAUGAGAUUGAAUCGCGACUCUACGAGGCACACUCAUCGAAGCGACCCAAGACAGUGUCAACGUAUGCCAUACAUACAGCUUUCAAUAUCGCCCUUUUCCCACUGCUGUUCUUUUUCUCAGGACUGUACUACACUGAUGUUAUUUCGACGGCUGUGGUGCUUGGAUCCUAUUUAAAUUACCUCAAGCGCGUUGGGCGGGAUAAGUGCUCCUUUGUUAUCGACUUGGUUACUAUUCCACUGGGAAUGUUGGGUCUAUUCAUGAGGCAGACGAACGUUUUCUGGAUUGUGGUGUGGAUGGGCGGUUUGGAGGCGGUCCAUGCAGUCAAAACCCUGCGGCCGCAACGAGUAGAUCAACCUUUCAUGACUACGUUGACGGAGCAGAUGAAGUUUUAUGCCUGGAGGUAUUCUAUCGGCGAUAUUCAUGAUCCGCCUUUGAAUCUGGCCUGGCCUGAUGACAUGCUCUUCACUGCGAUCAGCGUUUGCAUUGCAAUUAUUUGCAAUCCCGUCCGAGUCCUUCGUCGAGUUUGGCCGUACGUGGCAAUUCUCGCUGCUUUUGUCGGAUUUGUGGCAUGGAAUGGCGGUGUUGUGCUGGGUGACAAGUCCAAUCAUAUUGCCACUAUACACCUGGCACAGCUUCUUUAUAUCUGGCCGUUUUUUGCCUUCUUUUCUGUCCCGCUUCUCAUACCAUAUGCGAUUCCAGUUCUCAACACGUGCAGAAUUUUACUCGGCUCAAAAUCACAGGGAAACCAGACUGGUGGCUCUACACCAGCUCCAAAGUCCUCCAGCUCCUUCAAUCUGUCUCGAUCUGUCAAGUCGUCCAAACGAUCAGGAAGCUCCAAGGCCAAAGGAAACACCUCCCAUCCUUCUCAGUCUACCACCGAACCCCCAAGUCGCCCGUCCCUUUCUCCAGCUUUCAAAUCAAUAGAGUUCAUAUUCAACUCCAAGUUCAUACCUUGGGCAAUCUACAUUGUCCUCACCUUUGUGGCAUCCGCAGCUAUUGUCAAGUACAACACCAUUAUCCACCCAUUCACCCUCGCCGACAAUCGACACUACAUGUUCUACAUCUUUCGAUAUACCAUUCGUCGUGGCGCGCUGGUCAGGUUCCUUCUGAUUCUCCCAUAUACAGUCAGUAGAUGGAUGGUAUGGGGAACCUUGGCAGGCUGCGCGAACUGGAUCUCGUCGGGCAACCAGGAGUUGUGCUCUGCAUGGUAUGAUGUUAACAAAUCCGCUCCGUAUACAAGCUACCCGCUCUGGAUUGCGUGGGGGACCAAGAAGACACAGACAGACGCCGAAUACCCGAAAGAUCUGAGUCAAGUCCAAAAUUCUUCAUCGGCGUCAACCGACGGGGAGCAACGAACCAAUUUGGAAAAUGACCCCCUUUAUGCGUCGGUUGAGCCGGUCUCUACGUCUACGGGUCUCAUAUUCCUGGUGGCCACUUCACUGUCUUUAAUGACGGCGCCGCUGGUCGAGCCUCGCUACUUCAUUAUCCCAUGGGUAAUCUGGCGCUUGCUGGUACCAGCAUGGAGGGUCCAUCAUCACCGAGAUGUGGACAGCCUAUUUCAGGGAGUGGCGCCGCAGCCGCUCGCUGGCAAAGUCAUCAACGUCUUUGUACGAUAUGACGUGCGACUUAUUGCCGAGACGCUGUGGUUCAUUGCGAUCAAUGUGGCGACUGGGUAUAUAUUCCUCAUGAAGCCAUAUGUGUGGAAAGACGAGCAUGGGCAAAUACUCGACGAUGGUCGCCUACAACGGUUCAUGUGGUAG